ACAUAUAUGGUUUAAAAAUGGCUCCUGUAACAUUCUUAUUUGAGGUUAUAUCAUGGGAUUAUUUUAUACAAUAUACAUAAGAUUUCCAUUUCUUUUUAAGUUUUUAAUAAAAUAAAUAACGCUAUAAAUAAAAAUGGACAAAAUGAAUAAUAGAGAUGUUAAUUUACUACAUAAAUUUAAAUCUGCUUUUGCUGAAAAGGAUUGGAAUGAAUUACUAAAUCUUCUUAACCCAAAAAUGUUUAAACCUUUUGACUCAAAGGAAUUGGUUCCUUUACCAAUUUUAGCAAAAAUAGCACAAAUUCUUACAACAGAAAAUUCUGAUGUUCCAAACAGUGUAAAAAUUGCUUGCUUAAAAUGUCUUGGAAAUUCUUGUUUUAAUAAUUAUAUGCAUAAAGAAUAUGUUUUAACUAACAUUGAAAAAGGAACAUACAGUCACGAGUUGUAUUCCAGUCUAGCGAAUAAUGAAAAUUUAGAAGAGAUGAGAAGUUUUAAUCCUUAUCCAUUUGAUUCUUACUUUCCUUAUGAAGGAGUGAUAGAAUGGACAUUAAGGUUUAUUAUAACUUCUAAAACUGACAAGGAUUUAUUAAAUGAGAAAUUAGAAAUUUUGAGAUUAAGUAUUCAGUUCCUAUGUAAUCUGUUUACAUUUGCAUUUAAAGAUAAUAACUAUCCAGACCAAUGUGAUAUACCACAAUAUUUAUACGAUAGUAAUUUAAAAGAUAUAAUAAUAGCUAUGACACAUUCUGAACAUGUACCAAUUGUUAGAGCUUCAUGUGCAUUUAUACACAAUGCUUUAAAAGAAUUUGAAGGAGAAACUUUCUUGGAAGAAGAAAUGAAACUUUUAUGUUCGCAGUUAUUGAGACCAUCUAAAGAAGGUUUUGAAAGUGCAAAGGAAGCUCUUAUGCUUUUAUUAUGUGAAAAAGACAUGCUACAGUGUACAUACAGUAAUAUGACUAAUGAAAAUAAAUUAUGUUUAUUGGAAAUAAUUUAUAAUGAACUCUCAGAUAUAACGUACAAAUCUGAAAAUGAACAUAUGUUUACAAAAGAGACGAUUGAAUUUUUAAUUGAAAGAUUUUGUAGACGAAGUGACUUAAUUUUGAAAACAGUAGAUAUGUGUUUAGAUGAAAUAGAAUCUACAGAAAUUAUUAUUCUUCUUGAUAUUCUUGGAGUCAUAACUUCAAGAUCAUGUGAAGAAUUCAGUUCUCUCAAGGGUCAUAAAAGCUUGCUUAUUAACUGCAUUUAUUUAUUACAGUCUAUUCAAAUAAUUGGAAAACAAUCAGAUAAUUAUUUUACACCACUGCAAAAGCUGAGUGAUGUAGCUUCAGCAAUACAAGGAAUAAGGAAUAGUGAUUCAAAACCAUGUUCAAGUAGCGAUGAAAAUAAAUUAAAUACAACAAUGACUGACCUGCAAAAUCAUCCUACAUUUGGUUUUAAAGCUGGUUUAAUAAGGAUUAUUGGAAACAUGUGCUAUAGAAAUAAGGAAUGUCAAGAUCUUCUUCGUGAAACGAACGCCGUGCCUCUGCUUCUGGACUGCUGCAAUAUAGACGCGAGAAAUCCGCUUAUAAUGCAAUGGACGAUCCUCGCGCUGCGUAAUUUAUGCGAGGAUAAUCCGGCGAAUCAAGAGAUCAUACGGAAUUGCAGCAGAGUCGGCGUCGUGGAGAGCAGCGUGCUGCGGGAAAUGGGUGUCACGCUGCACGAGGACGAGGACGGAAAGAAAAUUGGAAUCGUGCCCUUGCCGGGCGAACGAAAAUAACGAUCUUUAUCGGAGAUCUUUUCAGUGGAGCCUCUUUGGCGAAGUUUUCAUUGAUUGGCUUGAAAAAAAAGAAAAAAACGAGGUAUGAUUAAUAAAGAGUAUAUGGCGAUUCUA